CAUUGCAACCUAUGAGAGAAAUUGGGAAGAGUCAACUACUACAUACAUACUAACAGUACAGGCGCCUAUAUCCAAGAUGGUUAUCCAGACGGACAUCAAGCUAUUGGCCAACCAGUCCUGUUCAGUGUGGCUGCUGUGCAACGUGUCAGUCUGCUCCAACCUCUCCUACACCUGGGAGAGAGGGAAUGAGACGUACAGGGACGACCAGCAGAUACACUUCUCUCUGUCACCAGCAGACGGAGACAUCAGUGUAACCUGCACUGCCUCCAACCUAGUCAGUGAGAAAUCUGCCUCCACAACAGUGAAGUGUAGUAAUGACACAACCACCCCAGGGCGGGUGUGGUAUAGCAUCUGCAUCGGAGUGUCAGUGGUGCUGAUCCUCAAUGUAGCUGUGGCAGUGUAUUACUGCAGGGGCCGCCGUAACACGGCAUAUCAAAUUGACAACACAAUAUAUUCGGAUGUUAUGGGCAACACAACAAUUAAAGAUACAAGAGGGACUGUGGAUGACCUGGCUGACCCAAGACUGAACAAGCCUCAGACUCUGUAUGACACGAUCAAAGUUGGACGCCCAAUAGCGCCCUCUUCUGCCUACGAGGAAGUACUGUGAGCUGAGCAGGUUAUGGUCAUAGGAUUGGCCAUAUAUUUCUGCAUCAUCUGCACCCUAGGCUACAUUCUGUAGAUAGAUGUUACUGUUCAGUUUUAUCAAGACCUGCACAUUUCUGAAAUGUUUGU